GCUGGGUGGUAGCACUGUUUGUCAAUUCCGUCAAUCUUGUUUGUAUUAAUUUUAUUGAUAAAAUACGAAAAAAAUGAGUAUUGGAGAUUGCUUGGAAAACAUAAACUUGCCCCCUUGCGUGUGGUUUGAGGGGGGCGACAAACGAAACGCGUAUGCAUCGAUUUUAUCAGGUUUUUUGUUCUUUGCUGGGUGGUGGACAAUUAUUGAUGCCGCCAGCGUUUAUCAGGGCAAAGUGGAGGCUGGAUAUCAUAUGUGUGGAGUUUUUGGAACAUUGUCUCUCAUUAUAGUAAAUUCACUUUCAAAUGCCCAAAUUCGUGGAGAUGCUUACGAAGGAGGGUGUUUGGGUCCUAGAGGAUCCAGAGUAGUGUUGUUUUUAGGGUUUGUGAUCGGUUUUGCCUCUGUUAUCGCGUCUUGUUGGGUUUUGUUUGCCGGGUUUGCUGAUUCAGAUACCAAGUGGCCUGGAGUAGCAUUAUUUUUACAAAACGCGUUAAUUUUUAUUGCAUCUAUAAUCUACAAGUUUGGAAGAACUGAAGAUCUGUGGGCUUAAUUUUAAUUUGUGAUAUUUUUGUAUUUAAAUAAUAUACUGAUUUUUCUUAAACCUUUGAGAUUCACUUAAUAGGUUGUAUUUAAUUAAUUAAUAAACUAGGUA